AGUGUGUGUGAACAUUUUGGUCAACCGUUCGUUUUCGCGAGUCGCGAUUGUAGUAUAUUCAGCAGCACGAAUAGUUCGAUCGAUAAAAUUAUAUACAACUAUACGUAUGUCCGGGUAUGUGGUGUAUUCCCGCGGAUGUUUUAUUGUUUCAUCUUACAUGCAGUUCUUUUAAUAUCAUCAUAAAUUUGGUAUAAACAAAUUCUAACCCCUAAAACAUCAAUGAUUGUAUAGUAAAAUUCUUGAAUACAAAAGUAUUUUUUGAUGGAAUAUAGUAUAAUCAGCUAAAUUCAACAAACAAUAAUAUAAAUUCCUCAAAUUGCUAAAAGAAAAAUGUUCUGAGGUCGUUCUAGGUUAUUUUUGCAUGAGCACACUACACGGCAUCUUGUAGAGAUAAUGUCUCUCGUAAGAACGUUGUAACGUGUAUUACGACUGAAUACUUUAAUAUUUUCUUUAACAAUUCACGCUUUACAAUAUUUGUUAAUUGAAUAGAAAUACAACAAAUUAUAGCGAGUAAAUAUUGCUUCAACAAUUGUUUUGUAUUCUAAUGUAAAUUCACGACGUUGUUAUUGUCAUGAUGUAGAUUAAGGACUGUAGAAUUUCACAAGAAAGAAUAACCUAAGGAGUAACGUAAGUAAGCUAAGACUCUAUCAUCUUUAAGUCGGGAGCUCACGAAUCUCUCGUUGGCUUGCUUGUUCGGUCGCCUGCUAAGCUCGUUUCGACUGGUAAUUGCUGUAACAGGGCUAGUAUAGUGCGCGUUCUCGUGCAAAAUUAUCUAUUUUCACCAAAAAACUGCGUAUUUUUAAAAAAAUGUUCUUAUCGACAUUAAUCACGCAUUAAUGCGGUUAUAUUGACUACCAGUGUUUUAUAUUGAUCAGCUAUCCAAGCUGAAGACUUAAAGUUGAGCGACACAACGCCGAAUGAAGAUAAAAAAUUAACAAGUGAGACAUUAAAUUAACAGACGGACUUAUUCGUUGAUAAACUUAUUUUUUUUGUCAAUUAAAUAGUGUCACGAGUGUAUAAAUAGUGAAUAUCAUAUAUAUUAGACCUGAGUUUGAGAAAUUAAGCAUACAUUAGUCACGUAGAAUCAAAAUCGUUGAAUGCGAAUAGACAAAUUCAUACCAUUCAUUCACUGUGUUAAACCGCAGUCUGAUAUUGAGAAUAUAAUAAAUUUGCUCAUAGUUGGAAAGCAAUUCCGAUGUAAGAUCCAUCAUGUAAAUAUUUAUAAUGUGUUAAGUCAAGUGAAAAUUCUAUGAAAUCUUUCAUUUUUUCAAUAUUUGAGCGACGGCAUUCUCAAGCAAAAACGAAGUGUUCAUACUCCUUGCUAUCCAUGUACCGAAGUGUCGUCUUAACAUCAAAACAAGAGUGCCAAAGAACAAAUAAAUAAUAUCUACAACACAUUACAAAAAGUGCGUAUGAUUUCUCUUUUUUUUUUGUUAUUCUAUUCUUUCAACCUUUACUUGAAAAAUAUGCAUAUAAUCGAAAUGAAAUGCCCGGACAUAUAAAAAAAAAAUAUCUAUGUUUUUGCUCAACGCCUAAAGAAAUGAUAUGAAAUUAAAAAAAUAUUAAAUGCAAUAAAAAUAAACGUUUGAAAUCCUAUUGCACCUCAUGGGCCCCAUAUCGGCGCGUCCCUGUCCUGCACAAUUCUCCCUCCAGUGCAGUUCUUCUCUUAGCCCCGCUCAUUGUGAUUUGUGAAACGUAGUCUUUUUUUUCCAUGCCGUUCGCACACCAUAGCGGUUACUCCCUCCAUCCUUGUCGCCCAUUUCCCCUUGCUCAGACAACGUCGUUUCCAAGUUUUUCUGUUGCCCCUGAUCUCUUUUACUAAAGCCAACACUGCUCUUUGGCGCUCCUUUCUCUCCCCCUUCCCACCCCACAACGUUUGCUACCCCCCUGUCCGCCUGGCCAGCCAUCCAUCCGGUCGUCCUUACGUCCACGCUGUUUGGAUCUGUAGUUAUAUAUGUGAUGUGUGCUUUCAUCGUGACGUUAACCUGGCGGCCCUGAAAACGCCACGGGAUCAUUCAUAUACCGAAUUUAGCAUAUAAUCUACUAGAAGUAUAUUCGUGUACAAAUUUUAACGCUUAAAUAUUAAUUUGUGUUGAACACUCCCCAACCCGCUUGACUCCCACGCCAAGGAUUGAAAACGAUAAUUUAAAAAUAAAAAAAAAACAUUUGAUACACUGAAUAUCUUAUUUUAAUAGUUAAUGAUUUGAACAUUGUCGAUUCGUUUGCAGUUUUUUGUGUGUUGUGCGGACUUGAUUUGUAAGAUUUAUUUUAACUUUCAUAUAACCUCCCAUCUUGAAAUUGCACUUAAAUGUACUUAUUACGUACACAUCUUCAUGACUAUUUUUUUCUCUCGUUCUUCAAUCAAAAUUUCACAAACAUUAUUAAUACAAGAUAACACUCAUGAAAAAUGUAUUGAAUAAUUCAGCAAUGACAGUGUUUUAAGUGUUGUAAGGUCUAAUGUAGUUUAUCCAUGGUAGUGUAACAGUGUUUUUAUAUAAAAAUAGCCAUGGUGCGAGAAAAAAGUUUCUACAGUUAUCAUCUAAUUUCAUGAUGCACCAAAGGUGAUGGAGACAGUUGGUAAGCAAGUCCAGGUAGUGAGUGGGCUGGCAGUAGUUGGACCAGUAGGUGGCGAUCUGCAUCACCAUCAUCAUUCCAAUUCUCACGGCACUCACAGCCACUCACUGGCUGGUAGUACAUCUACUCAUUCUCGAGUACUGACCCAAUCCCUUCAAGGUCCACCACCAUCCUCACACAAUCAGCAUUUAUCUCCAAGAUCAACACCAGUCCAGCAUCACAGAUCAGCUCAGAAUUACAUCAACCUUAAAAGUAACAGUCCAGUAUCACCUCGGACAGUAGGCGGAAGUGGCUAUCCUCAAACGUCUUCUUCCGCAGCAUCUUCCAUUAGUGACGGAGUCGUUCCAACUGGAAAUGUAAGUGUCCCCGGAACACCGGGAAGUAUUAUUGCUAGCACGGCGAAUAGUAAUUUCGUGACCGUACCAGUGCCGUGCGGUCUUCGCUAUAUGCAUGGCUAUCCUCAACCGUCUGUUUCUGCAUCAUCUUCCGCAUCGGUUGAUCAAACCUCACCACCUUCAAGUGGCCUAACGGCAUACACGAGGGUUGAUUCUUACAGAAAUGCUACAUCAAAUGUUUCUGAGAGAGGAGCAAUAAGUGUCAACAGCUGUCCAGUUUCUCAAGUUGGUAUUGGAGGGGGCACAACUGACUACAGCCUUGGACGUAGUGAUCGUCCCCGUAUUUCUUUGCUACCAUCAGUCUCGGUGGCACUGGUCUCAUCACCGGCUAGUGCCAAUGAGUACCACAUAACAAGUGUACGUAACCAGCGUGGACUUAUGGAAAAUACUGUUGACCAGUACAGUAAUAGAGCUAUUGAUAUAUCAUUGCAGGAGGCACCGCCUUUUAAAAAAAUUCGGCUGGGUCACUCCCAGCCUCAGUCACCUUGUCAGACCAUCUUGCAAACUGAUAUAUCUAUUAAACAAGAACAUGUACAGCUUUCGCAACCACUUAGGAUUGAUACGAGGCCGGCAACCGGGGCCUAUACGCCCCAAACCGAAGCGAUUUCACCAACUCUGCCGGAAACAACGACCCAAGAAGACGCACAGUUCCGGAGCACGAAAGAUGAUUUGUUGCAGCAAAUUGCCAAAGUCGAUCGGGAGAUUGCUAAACGAGAAUCUCAGAUCAGUAAACUUCGAAAGAAACUCAAAGAAUUGGAGGAAACUGCAAGUAUGCCACUUGACACAAGUGGUAUUAAAAGACCUGUUGAAGAACUUUUGCAGCCAAAACAUCAGUCGUUAGCUCAAAAAAUUUAUGCUGAAAAUAGGAAAAAAUCGGAAGAAGCUCAUCGAUUACUAGAUAAGUUGGGAUCUAACGUAGAACUGCCAAUAUAUAAUCAACCUUCAGAUACAAAUAUUUAUCAAGAUAAUAAAACAAGACAUCAGACGUCUAUAAGGACACGGCUUGUAGCUAGAUUACGUAGAGAGCAUUCUGAACGUGCCUCACUCCAUCAUCAACAAUCGCAAACAUAUGCGAUUCUCGUUCAGGAAUGGCAUCGAAAAAUCGAUAGACUUGAAGCUGCUCAAAAAAGAAGGUCGAAAGAAGUUAAAAACCGUGAAUUUUUUGAAAAAGUUUUUCCAGAAUUAAGAAAACAACGAGAAGACAAAGAAAGAUUCAAUAGAGUUGGAGCUCGUAUUAAAAGUGAAGCUGAUCUUGAAGAGAUAAUGGAUGGUCUUCAAGAACAAGAGAUGGAGGACAAGAAGAUGCGCUCAUAUGCUGUUAUUCCUCCUCUUUUACUUGAUGUUAGACAACGGAAAAUUGCAUUUCAAAAUCGUAACGGUUUGCUUCAACCUGAAGAACUUGAAACACUUCAUAGUGAACGUAAACUUAUGAAUGUGUGGAAUACGAUUGAACAUGAGUCGUUCAAAGAAAAAUACCUUCAGCAUCCUAAAAAUUUUGGAAUCAUCGCGCAAUCGCUCGAACAUAAGUCAGUUCAAGAUUGUGUGCAUCACUACUACCUCACGAAAAAAGCUGAAAACUACAAACAGUUGUUGCGGAAAUCACGACAACGAACACGUAGCUCUCGAAAUAAUCCUAAUAACAAGGUUAACAAUGCUAACUCGAGUAUUGGACACAUUGAUAUAUUAACAACAGGCGUUACAACGAGACUUCAGCGAGAACAACAACAGAAAACACAAGAAAAUCCACAAAAUAAUUCAGGGUCUUCGUCAACGUCGUCGGCGGCAACUAUCAGUCCAGUUACGACAUCGAGUGCAACAACACCGAUUACUAACUCUUCAACAUUAAGUACAACAUUGAUCACCACUAUUUCACUCAGUUCGAAUUCGCAAUCACCUCCCACAACUUGUCAGACCAGCACAAAUACAACGAUCGAUUCAAUCGUGAUAACAAAAACAACUCCUACACCUUCGACUGUCCAGAGCAUGAACAGUAUUUUGACAGCGGUGACUGCAACGGUAAAUAUUUCUUCGGGAAUAAAAGAAGUCAGAGAAACAAACAAAGAUAAUAAGGAUAAUAAAGAAAACACAAAUGAUAUUACUGUAAAAAAUUAUAACAAUGAUUCCGAAGAAGAUACGACGAAAAAAGAUUUCAAUGAGUCUUUAAGUUCAGAUUUGUCGUCAUCUGUAAAUGUUGUUCGAGUGAAUGAAAAUACUCUACAUUCAUCUGAUAUAACAGAGAAAAAAAAACAAAGUAUUAAUACGACUACUGGAUGUGUCACUGGCAGUACUCGGUCGAAAGAAAAGAAAAAAGAAAAGCAUCCAACAGCCAUGGAAACUAGUGACGAGGAUGCGCAAGCUAUCAUUGACACGAUGGAAAGCGGAAGACAGCUAGGCCCACAUGGUUGUGCAAUUUGCCAAAACAUAGUAGAAGGUGGAAAUCAAAGCCGUGUACUUUCUAGUAGCCAAGCAUCACAGUACGGUUUACGCGAGGAACAGAUCCAGCCUGGAGCUCGUGUUUGUAACACAUGUAGAUGCAAAGCCGUUCGGGGUCGAUACACUGCCUGCCCAUUACCUGGAUGUCCAAAUGCCACCAAUGCUAACGUAAAAAGUCGUGUUAAACGUCUUCGUGCGUUGCCAUCAAAAUGGAUGGAACUGCCACCAGAAAUACGAGAUCCAGUGAUUCAAGAAUUUCAAAUAUCCAACAAUGUGACAAAAUGUUGCUCAGCAUGCUUUAAUCGCAUAUCGCGCCGCCUGGCGCCACAUGUAACUAGUGGUACCGAAACACCUGACGAAGGUUCUGAGUUUCUUGCUCGUCAGUGGAACGAAGAUGAGCUAAAACGAUUACGACGUGCUCUGCGAGAACAUGGCACGAAUUGGCCUAAAGUAUCUGAACAAAUACCUGACAAAUCAAAUCAUCAAUGCAAAAAUUAUUACCUUACGUAUAGGAAAAAACUAGGCUUGGACCAAGUUGUUGCUGAGUAUUAUCAGUCAUUGGGGGAGGAAAGAAGACCCUGCCUUACAGAUGAAGAAGAAAGUGGCAGUAGCACAAGCAGCUGUGAUGAUACAGCAGUGCAUGAUUCUAGUGACACUGCGAGUGCUGCGAGUCCUGUUAAUCCAAUCUCAAGUAGCGGCACUCCACCAACCUUGAUCACGGCAUCCUCUACAGAAGUCCUUAAUUCUAGUAAUUCCAAGAUCGUGACUACAUUUCCUUUGAAUAACAAUUCUGCAGAUGUUCGAAUAACUCUUGUGCCACCAGCCGUGCCAGCUAUCUCAACCCAACAAACAAAUUCAUCAACUAGUCAAUUAACCAAUGCUAGUGUUAGGGAAGACUACGACAGCUCUGCCACGGAGACGGCGGACGAGUGUCCGAGUGGUGCAGAUAUUGAAAAUUCUAAUGGAUUAGCAAAUUCAACAAUCACAGGUAGUACAACUAUUAAUCCACAAUCUUCUCAGCGUCAGAAACUAUCAAGGGAAUUUUCGCCACCAUCAAUAACAACAAUAACAACAACAACAACAACAACAACAACGGCAUCAAUCACGAGUAAUGCAAAUCCGAUGACUGUCAAAGAUCUCAUGUGUGGUGUAAUCGAAAUGCAAUUAAAACGUCCAGCUGGUGGUCCUUCGAUACCGGUUAGCUCUGGCACUCCGACAAUAUCUUCAAUUCUCAAGACAGAUCACAGGAAUGACAUAACUUUUGUACGCGAAUUUGCGCAAUCUUCUUCCAUGCCGCCGAAUAGAGAUUCGAAUUUGGCCACACUCUCUGUUGUUUCUGGACCACACCAUAGCCACAGAUCAGCUCCACAUCCUCAACAACUAACCCAAAUACAAGCAACAAUAACUCCUUGUCCACCAACAGGUGACGACGCGAGUAAUCAGCAAGCUCAAUUAACAUCAGAUUCUUUACCUAAAGAAGGUUUGGUCGUAAUGCAAGUGCAACAAGCAUUGCGAGAAACAGAAGGCACUUUAGAUCUUAGUGUCAAAAAACCAAAGCAACAACUUUCAACUCAUCAUUAUCAACAACAACAACAACAACAACAACAACAACAACAAGAAUAUAAUCACAGUCUCCAAUCAUCAGAAAACAAGACGUCGAUUAUUAGUGUUUUUCGAUCAGAACCACCAUCACCAUCUGCUGCAUAUUAUCAUACUCAUGGACACAGUGAUCAAGGUCGAAGUGUUAAAAGUCCUCUUGUUCACUAUAUUUCAUCACCUCGCCCUCCAGCUUCAAUUACACCUAAAAUGAACAAAAUUAAUGUUCCACCCUCGCAUCCUAAACUAUCUCCUAAGUUGAGUAGUAUUGUACCGAAUCACAAAAGUGGAUCCAUAACUCAUGGAACACCAGUAUCUGGGGUGAGAUAUGAAGGUCUUUUGAGUCAAAUGACACCACCUGGAAAUGCAAGUGGAACUGGAGGUUCAACGCUACCGCUUAAAGAAAGUGGUUCCAUCAUUCAAGGUACACCAAUUCAUUCUUAUCCAGUUGAUAAAAGAUCUUAUGAGUAUCAUCGUUCAAUGAGAAACUCACAGGCAUCAAAUGCACCGCUUGCUGGUCAGAGUCAGGGUGUUGUUGUUACUCAUAGUAACUAUAAUUCCUAUGCUCCAAGACCCUCACCGAGUUACACAAUAGAACAACAGCUCUCGUCACGUCAAAUUAUUAUGAAUGAUUACAUAACUAGUCAACAGAUGCAUCAUCGUGGACGUUCUACAACAAAUCAUGAAAGCUCUAGUAAAAAUGAAACACCAUCACCUUCAACGAUAUACUAUACCACCACCCCACCACCACCACAACAACAACAACAACAACAACAACAACAACAACAACAACAACAACAACAACAACAACAACAACAACAACAACAACAACAACAACAACAACAACAACAACAACAACAACAACAACAACAACAGCAACAACAACUACAACAACCAAUAAUUGUUCAAACCCCAACAUCUCAGAGUCAAUCUCAUACAGCACCACGACAGGGUGUCAUUCAGAGGCAUAAUCCUCAAAAGCAAAUUAAUUACUCUCCGACACCACCUAAUCUCGAUAAUUGUGCGUUUACGAAUUUAGUCGAUGUUGCUGCACAACUGCCAAGCUUACCAGUACCCCAACCGCGUAGUCACUCUCCUUCCGGUGGUAGCCAUGAAGGUCUCGGCAAAACAAUGGCAGAUCGUCUUCUAGCAGACCGAUAUGUUGAUAACAAUCGUGCUUUGCGUGAACAAGAAAUUCGUUUACAACAGGAACAACAGCACCGUCUAGCAAUACAACAUGCAAUGGCUCAACAGCAACAUCACCAACAGCAGCAAGAACGUGAUCGAGAGCGAGAAAAAGAUUCGGCACAUUUGCGUGACAAGGAUGAACACAGAAUAACACGUGAAAAGGAUUUGCAACAUAUAGAUCAGCAGCGCUUUUUGAAGGAUAAAGAGCGUGAACUAAUAAAUCGCGAUCAACAUAUAUUGUCAGUUCAAAUCAGAGAAAAAGAGGAAAAUAGACUGCCAAUUGCACGCGAAAAUGAUAUACAGCUCAAAAUUGCAUCGUUAACUGCAGCACAGCGUGAAAAAGAGCAUCAGGAUCAUCGAUUGACGCUACAGAAAGAAAAAGAACUUCAACAUCAGCGUGAACAAAUUGGAGUCGAGCAUCAGCGUGAAAAACAAGAACAUCUUAUGGCUGCACAGCGGGAACGUGAUUUGGGUAGUCAUCAUCAUCAUAAUCAUCAUCUUCUUCAACAACAACAACAACAACAACAACAACAACAACAACAACAACAACAACAACAACAACAACAACAACAACAACAACAACAACAACAACAACAACAACAACAACAACAACAACAACAACAACAACAACAACAACAACAACAACAACAACAACAACAACAACAACAACAACAACAACAACAACAACAACAACAACAACAACAACAACAACAACAACAACAACAACAACAACAACAGCAACAACAACAACAACUACAACAACGACAACAACAACAUAAUUUAGGACAGCAGCAAAAUAUGGAAGCUGAUAGACAUCAAUCGAGCAUGGUGCAUAUCUACCGAGAUCAGCAGCAUCAUCAUGACAGUGAGACGCAAUCGAGACUCAUUGGUACGGGCUUAAACCAGUCAUCAAGAACAUCUCAACCACAUCAACAACAAACCUCUUCGCAACAAGUCACUCAACAGCCAUCAUCACGGCCAAGUCAGGUAUCUUCUAAUCAACAACCGACUGGCCAAGACGCCUCAUCUACGCUGACAGCUGCCAGCCUCAUCGAUGCAAUCAUCACUCAUCAGAUUAAUCAGAGUUUCAAGAGUGGUACGAGUACGCCGCUAGCAAAUAGUCACACAAGACCAGGUGAUCGUCUCUUCCAAGGCUUUCAACGUGAGAAUCUGAAUGAGCUGAAUGGCGUGGUACACAGUUCGGCUAGCGAAGGAAACAGUGCAGUUCUAGGAGUGGGAGAAAUUGUCCGAGAGGGAGAAAAAGCAACAGGCAUUAGUGAACGUAAUGAUCAUAUUGGAACCAAAGACUAUGGACCAUCGCAUCAUAGUUCUUACAGAUCAUCAUACCCAGGUUAUGCAAUGGCGGAAGAUCAAUGGAAACGAUCUGAGGGCAUUGAGGUAGAUUCUACCAAGUCAAACGAUGAGCGUCAGAUCAUCCGUGUUUCGCAAGUGCCGCAUCAUCAUCAUCAUCAUCAACAACAACAACAACAACAACAACAACAACAACAACAACAACAACAACAACAACAACAACAAUCUCAAUCCUCAUUGCAAACACACCAAACAUCGACGAAGCAACUUCACGCAAUCGAACCGGUGUUGCCACCUGAUACUAACCCUAGCCAUUAUACACGGCGAUUUUACGAAAACACGACGGCUACAACUACAACAACUUCAAGUAGCACGCCCUCAAAGUCUAACCUCUCGCCUUUUGAUUAUGUCAAGAACAAAAUUGUUGAGGUCAUGCGAACAUCGGAAGAUGAUAAAUCAGUGGCUUCCGAUGACAAAGGCAAUGUCAGUAAUGGAAAUGUUCAGGCCGACAAAGACAAGUCUGCUGAAAGUCCCACUGGGGACAUGGUCAUCGACGAAAAUCCGAGUCAGUCUCAGCCACCACCAUCAUCUUCGACCACAUCAAACUUUUAUCCUUUCAAUGCUCUCGGAGUUUCUACGGGACUACCUUCAGCUACAACACAACAACCAACAGGAAGCUCUAGUUCCUCAAUUUCUAUCAAAUCCGAAAAAACUGAGCCGGCACCAUUACUAUCAGCGCAGUAUGAACCGCUCUCUGAUGAAGAUUGAUUUAAACUUCAUCAUAUCCUGAUCUCGGCUUCAUGAAGUCCUUUGUUACAAUGUGUUAUUAUAAUUAUGAUUUGCUUGCAAAAACUUACAUAUGAUAAGAAAAAAAUGGUUUUUAUGUUACAACGUCAGCUUUCCUUAGAUGUGUUAUCUUUAUAGAGAUGAUAUGAAAGCUUAUUUUAUUUUAGAUUAAAAAAAAUACAAAGAAUAACAAGUUUAUUAUUAUUAUUAUAUAUGUAUAAUAAUCGAAACCAUUCCUUCCUUAUCGGUGAAUAAUUUUUUUUUUUAAAUCGAAUUAUAAUAAAUAAAUCUACUGAGGCUGUUAGAAAAAGUUCACAACCUUAUAAUGCUUAGAAAAGAAAAAGAAAUAUAAAAAUAAACAUCGCACGUAUGAGGAUUAAUUACGUAUUGAACUUCUAAACGUUUUGCGCUACGAUGAAUAUCUUUGUGGAACAUUUGCAAAAAGAUAUCAAUAGUGGUGAUAUGAAAAUUGAAUAGCUAUUUACUAGGAACGAAAAACGACUGCUGAACAACAAGAAAACAUGUAAAAAAAAAUAAAACAAAAAAAGAAAAAAAACAACGUUGUUAUAUGUUGAUAUAAAACAUCAAAUAAUAAUAAUAUUCAAAAUAAUGUUAAUAGCAAAAAAAUAAAUACAAAAUAUACCAUUAGGAAAAUCAGUAGAAGUAAGAAUACGACAAAAAAUAAUCGGUACUAUUGUGUAUAUGUUGAUAAUUUUUUUUCUCUCUUUAGUUUAAACUUUACUUGUGAAAAAAGGUUAACCACUUUCAAUAUUGAAUCGCUGUAUAUAGUA